UGGUGGCUACGACCAGGAAGAACGCCAACGCCGCCCUGGUAUACUCCUUCCUCUAUAAAAUCACACAGGUGUUCAAGGAGUACUUCAAGGAGCUCGAGGAGGAGAGUAUUCGGGACAACUUUGUGACGGUGUACGAACUGAUGGACGAGGUCAUGGACUUUGGCUUCCCACAGACGACCGACAGCAAGAUCCUGCAAGAGUACAUCACUCAGCAGGGCCACAAGCUGGAGGUGGGUGCCCCCCGGCCCCCGGCCACAGUGACCAACGCCGUGUCCUGGCGCUCCGAGGGCAUCAAGUACCGGAAGAACGAGGUGUUCAUGGACGUCAUCGAGUCCGUCAACCUACUGGUGAGUGCGUCGGGCAGCGUGCUCAGCAGUGAGAUCCUCGGCUCCGUGAAGCUGAGGACGGUUCUCUCCGGGAUGCCGGAGCUCCGGCUCGGCCUCAACGACAAGGUGCUCUUCGAGAUCACCGGCAGGGAGAAGAGCAAGGCGGUGGAGCUGGAGGACGUGAAGUUCCACCAGUGUGUGCGUCUGUCGCGCUUCGAGAACGACCGCACCAUCUCCUUCAUCCCCCCGGACGGCGAGAGCGAGCUCAUGUCCUACCGGCUGAACACCACCGUGAAGCCCCUCAUUUGGAUCGAGAGCGUGAUUGAAAAAUUCUCCCACAGCCGAGUGGAGAUCAAAGUCAAGGCCCGGAGUCAGUUCAAGAGCCGCUCCACAGCCAACAACGUGUCCAUACUGGUCCCAGUGCCCAGCGACGCCGACUCGCCCCGCUUCAAAACCAGCAUGGGCAGCGCCAAGUGGGUCCCGGAGCAGAACGUGGUGCAGUGGACCAUCAAGUCCUUCCCGGGCGGUAAGGAGUACACGAUGAGGGCGAGCUUCGGGCUGCCCAGCGUGGAGAGCGAAGAGCUGGAGGGCAAGCGACCAAUCACAGUCAACUUUGAGAUCCCCUACUUCACCGUGUCAGGGAUCCAGGUUCGCUAUUUGAAGAUCAUCGAGAAGAGCGGCUAUCAGGCGUUACCAUGGGUGCGCUACAUCACGCAGAGCGGAGAUUACCAGCUGCGGACCACCUAAAGGCCCCUUGAGACCAACAGAUGAAUCCUUCCUCUCCUUCUGCUCCAUCUCCUGCUGUCUGCCUCCCAUCUCCCCUCCUCACAGCCGAGGGACCAGCCCAGAGGAGAAGGUUACCCCGGCCUGGGGACUGGUUCUCUACACCCUGCUGGAGCUAAUGAGGCUCCACAGGCCUCCAGAACCUGUGGAGGUUUUUUUUGUUUUUAGAAAGGAAAUCAAUAGUAAAGAAAUUAUUCCACAGUGCCAUGACACCAUGCAAAGUGCACGUUAUAUAGUGUGUUGGUACACCAGCAAUAUUCUCUACUACAACUUCCAAGCUGUAAAACAAUAACAUUGUUUGUUCGCCUUUUAGAUCUUUUAUAACCACAGGGCAUACACUUCUCGUCAACAUGUCCUCAAAAUUGAAUCGUGGCUUUAACCAUCUUAAGGACCAGGAAAUGAGUCUGUUCCUCUUGUAACAUUAUUAGAACCCGACGUUGGCCUGAAUCAAUUGGAACCAGCAGCGACCAAGUUAUUUACCAAAAUGUUUUUUUACUACUUGAAAUUAAAUGUAAGGCCUCCAGUGGCCUUGGGACUGUUCUCAA